AUGGCGGACAGCGAAAAGGCAAGCACGGUAAACGUUCAAGUUUCAACUUUCUGCAUGACAUUCUGACGUGUCUUUUAUUGUUUAAAGGAAGUGGACGAGCAGCUGAAGAGACGCGGCAUAACAAAAGAUAAAGAUGUAUCGGAACUUUACUUGGCAAACAGGCAAGUUUUUGUGUCUUUUCCACAUGUAGUUCAGCUAGAAAAUUGCUAAAACUGUUGAAAGAUAGAGCUCCUUUAAGCUGCACCUCACUUAACAAUAAGAGGUUAUGUUUCUUGUGUUUUAUGCAGAGGUCUCGAGGAGGUAAAAGACUGUGAGAAAUAUAGAAAUUUGCAAAUUGUGUGGUUGAAUGGAAAUAAGGUAAGCAGUGAUCCAAGGCUGUCACUUCAGAAGCUUCUUAAUUUUAGUAGGGUGGGUAAACAGUACAGUCCGGAAAGGACUUCGUUCCUAGGGUUCUGUUCAACUCAUCCCUUGCUCCGUAAGGACAAGUAGCCGAGAACUCUGGUUAGCCCAGUUGGGAGAGCGCCGGUCUGCUGAGCAGGAGGUUGCGGGUUCAAACCCCAGCCAGACCAACACUCAGGGUCCUUAAAUAACUGAGAAGAAAGUGCUGCCUUUGUAAUGACAACUGCAAAUGGUUAGACUUUCCAGUCUUCUCGGAUAAGGAUGAAAAACCGUAGGUCCCUUCUUACAGCACUUACACCAAUCUGUUCUUGUGGGAUGUUAAAGAACCUACACUGUUCAAAAUGAGUACGGGACAUACUCUUGGAGUACAGCGCUACAUUUACCUCCCAGUGAUCCUUUUCUAAAUAAUAAAUAAAUAAUAAAUAAAUAAUAAAUAAUUUAUAGUGGGUAUCUGGGUAUCGUGGACAAUACCCACUGAUGCAUCAUUUUUUAGUUUUGAAAUGAUAACAAUUGCAGGUGAAGUCAUUUUAUUUGAUUGAAGAAAAAGUUGAAUUAAUUGUUGUGUCUUGUUCAAUAAUGCAAAAUUAAAGUGACUCUCAAAUCCAAAAUUUUUCCAAAAUUACAAAAUUUAAGUGUCGCAAAAUAUGCAAACCAUCAAAGCAUAAAAUUGAUGUGUUGCAAAAAUUUCAUAUAAUAAGUUAAUAAAAAUUUCCCUUUUGUGUCUUAACCCUGAUAAUUUAUUUUCCACUAAUUAGGGUCAGAGGAAACCCAGAGUUAAACUACACUGAAAAAUUUCAACCUUGAUUUAAUUUUGUCCUACAACAAUUUUAUACCAAGAGGUAAUUUCUCGUUUACCUCAUACUGGUUACAGGGUAAUAAUUAAACGUUCUAACUUUUUUAUUAAUACACUGUAUCUCUGCUUUGUGUAUUGUUACAGAUAAGAAAAUUGACAUGCUUUAGUUCAAACUAUCAACUACGAGAGCUGUAUUUGCAAGAUAACUUGAUGAUGGAGCUAAAUGGUUGUUUGAAGCACUUGACUUGUCUUCAGGUGUUGCUACUAAAUGGAAAUCAGUUGUUAAAACUUACUGAUGUUGUUCAUGAAUUGAGAGCCAUGCAGUGCCUCAAAAAACUUAGUAAGUGCAAUGUCAUUUGCUUUUGUGCUUCUAAUAAGUAUUGAUCAAGCAUGAUACUGUAAUAGGUACUAGUUUUGGGCGGGCUUGGUACAAUGCUGACAUUUUUUGGAGUGUUAAUAAACUGGUUUUUCCAGUACAUACACUAUCUGGCCUUGAAGCCUGUGUGGCUCCCAUCCAGGUUUCUGACCAUGAUAGAAAUUUUACCGCGAAGCUCAAGACUGUUUAGAACUGGAAGUAUCUGGAAUUCUGUCCCCUAUUGUGUAAAACACUGCGUGUAAUGACCCUUGAAAGCAUAUUAAAAACUUAAACUUUAUAGUUGGUGACAAACAGUUCAACAUUUUGUUGAUCGACAGAUUUUUCCCAUUCUCAUUGUUAGCACCAAGUUGCAAAAUGUUGAACAGAGUAGAGCCCAUCUCUACAUUUAUUUCUUCUUAACAUGUGGUCUAAUUUAAAAUUCAGCAGGGUGUAAUGAACAGGCUGUAGCUGUAACAUUUUCAACUCUAAGAGUACUGAUAACUUUUUUUAAAAUACAUGUACCUCUACCUGUAAGUUGUUUUUGCUCUUGUUAAUAUUUUCUUAGAUCUUUUUGGUAAUCCGUUGGCUCAAGAAUAUGAUUACAGAUCUUACGUAGUACAUCAUCUUCCCUCUGUUGAGUUACUGGAUAGGAAAGGUGAGCAAUAAACAAAAUAUAGUGUAAAUUGUCUUUCUUCCAUUUUUAAACUUCUUUGACUAGUUAUCAGUCAAGUUAUCAGUGUAAUAGCCAGAUGUAAAUAAUUUAUAAAUUCUUUAACCCAUUCGCUCCUGGAGAUUUUGCCGAAAAACGCGUUUUGAAGCUAGUCGAGUGGUUUUCUGGUCACUGUCGUGCUAUAAAGAGCUAAAACUUACCACAAACCGCUUUACAGGUCGUACACUUCGCGGCCUUCUGAUCCAGUUAUCCAGAUGCAAAAAACUGAUGCAAAAUAUCAGCUUGCGAAGUUCGGGCAUGCGCAGAAAGCAAAAUUUGGGUUUAAAAGUGACACAGCAGUCUUGACUUUUACUUUUCGCUUUCUCUCCUCCCCUCUUUUUUCGCUUUUGUUGCCUCAUUUUUUUUUCUCUUGCUGGGCAUUUAGUAGGCUUCAUUUUGGUGGGAAUACUUUUUAGCAAAGCUUUAAGGAUCUUAGGAUUAGGUGAAAGGAAAGGUAGGUGGGCAAUGGAACAAGAUUUUCAUGGAGAUUUUCAGGUCAAUGUUACAUGGUUUUUUGCCUCUUUCUCCGGUUUCCUUGACUGAAUUGUGCUCAUUCUGGUGUGGUUUGAAAGAUCUCUUCACUCUGCACAAGUUAGCGGACAAAGUUGUCCUUGACUGUUAAAACUGAUGACGUCACAAAGGGUAGAAAGGACGUGGAUCCGCACGGGCGGUUACGGGCGGUUCAGGGGCGAAUGGGUUAAACUGGGGCAACAUCAGAAAAAAACUCUUUUAAUGUACAAUCAACACCCUUUACAGCAGACACUUUAGGGGGCUCAAAUUAGUUCCUUAUUAGUCAGAGUCUGUAAUAAAUAAGGAGUUUAUUUCAGUCAAAUUUCUGUGAUUUAUUUUUACCUGGGAUUUAGUUGCUGUCCAUACAUGUAUUUCUUUCCCCAUGUUGACAGCCAUGCUUGUUUUCCAGUCUCAGUCCAAAAUCGUCUUAUUUACCAUAAUGAUCUAAUGGAUGCCUCCUCAAAUAAAUGCCUCCCAUACGAUUUUAAGUUUGUAUUAGACACCCUUCUCUAAUUAGUGCCCCCUUUCUUAUAGACACUUCAAUGACAAUUACCCCAAAAUACCAGGAAAUAGCAAAAAGGAGCAAAAUUAUUCCAUUUACACUGUAGUGAUUAAUUCUUGCUUGAUUAACAAAGGUUUGAACGUUACAUGUUGUUCAAUGUCAAGUUUGAAGAAAGGAUAGGCUAAUGAUGACAGGUUAAUGACCCUUAAUGAGGAUUCAGGCAUCAAGGCUGAGAUUUGAAAUAGCAAUGUGGAUCUCCAGACUUCCAAGAAGUAUCAAUGAAUGGAUUGGAUAUUUUUGUAAACUAGCUCUCUUGAUAUUUUCUCUGAAAGCAUAUAAUAGUUUUGCAUGUUGAGCUUGGUACAGUUAUCAGAAUAAACGUCCCGAUCUUUUAAACCCCUCCUAUGUAUCAUUUUCAGUACUCAUUUUCAUGUUUUCAUCUCAAAUUUGACGUUACCUUAACACAUGUUAAUACCUACUUGAUAUCUUCACUGAAUGUCAAAGUAAUUUGUUGUUUGAAACUUUUAGAAAUAACUAAAGAAGAGCGGGACAAGGCUCGAAAAAAAUAUGAGCCAGAAAGAGAAACGGUAAAGGAGUCUGUGGCAUUUGGCCGGAGAGCAGAUGGUCCACCAAAGAGAGUCUACGCUCCUCCGCCUUCUGCAACAUUUGAAAGCUUGGGUUUUGAUCAAGGUAGGUAACAUUAGUUGUCUCUCUUGAUGAUUGAAAAAAAAUACGAAAGUACCUGAUGGCAUAUUUACAAGCAAGACGGAUAGAUAAUAUUUGAUUUAUUUUUACUUUGUUAUUAACUUCGUCUAUUACAUGAAACAAAGAUAUACUAAAACAAAGAAUAAUAAAUGCUUAAUUAGGGAUACCACAACAGCGGUGAGCUAAUUACAGUGGUCCCAGAGUUUAAAAAAUAUUUUAAUUAAACAAACAGUAAAGUUACAAGUUUAUGAUGAUUAGAAAAAACAACGAAGAUAGACAGACACAUUACGUGAAAUUUUACAUGAUGGACAGAUGGUUUUCCAGGAUCGUGGGUCCUUUGGGUGGUAAUUAUGUUCUAAGGCGUCUACAUAGUACUUACCAGUAUACUCGAUGGAUUUGAAUUGACUGAUCUGAGGGUUGCAUGAAAGUUGAAGGUCGUUUGUUAAGGUGUUCCAGAUUCUAGUGGUUCUAUUAAAAAAGAUCUGUGAAAGGUGACAGUAUUACAUCUCCUUGAAAUAAAGUGAGUGAGUAACAUUAGGAUUGCUGUUAGAUCUGGUAGUGCGAGUAACUAAGACAUGAGAAAGAACAGAAGGACUAACUUUAACUGUGCCAGUUACAACUUUGAAGAAGAAAAUCGUCUAAAAACUUGUGCUAAUAGGAGAUAGGUAAUAAGUUAAGUUUGGUUAGCCUGUCCCUCUAUGUUUGGUCACAAAUAAAUGGAAGAUCCAGAAUAUACUUUGUAUUGCGCUUCUUGACACGCGCGAGCUUUCGAAUCAGAUCUUUAGACUGCAGAGUCCAGACUUGCGUGGCAUAACCAAGAUGGGAUCUUGCUAGGGUGAGGUAUGCCGAGCGUCUAACCGUAAUGCUUUUGACGAGUCUGGUGUAAUAUAACACUAUCAAGAAGGAAAUCAAAAAACUUAUUGUAACUUUUCAGUGCUUCUAAUGUAACAAAAAUUUGUUAUCUUAAAAGAUCAGUUUCUGUGUAAUAAGCCUUGUAAGAACCAGUUAUUUGAUUAUAUCAUGUAUUUUAACGUAGUACGUAUGGGGGUAGAUGCAAAAGUCUUACAUGUAAUGUCCGCGUAUUAAAUAGGUUGCUUUUGACUUUCAGCCUAGACAGAUGCUUGCCUUCGAACACAGUUGCCUCUCUUCGCUCCUUGACUGGCCGCGAGGAGCGAGGAGGAACGGCUGUAUUCGAAGGCUUGGCAGAUGCUUUAUCUAUUUUAAACCCAUCUGUUCCAAGGGUCACAUUGAGAAGUCUCUGAAAAUGUGUAUGCCUGUGUCCUUCUCAAAAUGUCACUUUGGGUAACUGUACAUCUUUUAACUAUUUCCUUUUAUUAUACGCAUAGGGCUACUUCGACAUUUCUUGACUGAUGCAUGUGUUUUUUUGGGAUUCAGAUGAUCAGGACGAGCAGGAAAGUAGAAUAUCUGAGAGCAUCACAAGGUUGGUAUUACAGCCCCUAAGCUGGAUAAUUAUGCCUGUUUCUUCCGUUGUAUGAACACUUUAGUUUACUUAAGGUGCGGAAAAACAGGCGACAAAAAACAUACAACUUAGUUUUCCAACAUUGCUGCAAAAGGAGUUGAAAAGCGAUGUUACGCGUUUUACCACCCACGUUCAAACUUGCCAACAACCUGAAUGGGUGCAAGACAUGUUUGACGAAGGUGUGAAACACUCAACGUUGCUUUGCAAUUCGUUUUGCAGCAAUGUUGCAAACAAGUUGCACGUUUUUUGUUGCCCGUUUUUCCGUACCUUUAGUACCCGUUAGCUUUUAAUAGAGUAGAUUCACAAUCAACUAGCAGUUAUAGCUGCCCCAUACCGACUAGCCAACAUUGACAAAAUUACCUGGCACUGUAAGAAUGCGGUCGACGAGGUUGGCGCAGGUGUAGAAUAACACGUUAACAGUGUUAUAACUUGAAAUUUGAAUAACCUUACAUUCAUGACGUUAUACGCGUGCACAUUGCAUGGAAAUCAAAAUCACAACAAUGACAACAACCCCACCUUUUGUUUCCCGUCGUUAAAUACCGAGCAUUAAGGAUUCCAGACUUACUCGAAAGAAAAGCCAGUGGCUCACGCUGUGAGCACAUUUAACUUACCAAGAGUAGAGCAGCAAAAAAGGUUCCACACUCGAGCUGACACGAGCGAAAGCGAAAAGAUGAGGGCGUCACCACGUGAGUACUCGUGAAACUUUUCCUGUAGUAUGUAAAAUUAAUUCCUUUCUUCUCGCUGGCCAGUCAUAUUACAUCGAGAACAAAAGAUGUGGCUCGUUGCUCGACUCGUUUUUCAGUUAUGAACACCUAAUACAAUCAGAUAUAUUUUAACUACUGGAUAAGGUUUUUCUGAUAUUGUAAACUAUCGUCAAGGUCGAGUUAAGAGUUGUGCUAUCUGUUGAGGCCCAAGGAUAUCCAAAAACCGAAUCUAAUAGACUUUUUCUCAUUAAAUUACAUUGUUUUCUGCCGCGCGAGCGAGCCUUGAAGCGUUCGAGCAAAGCAGCAGACCUAAUCCGCACAGGGGCGACCGCAGGGACAAAAAUUUUUGAUUUCUACCCACGAUGUAUCUGGAUUUACGAUGCAAGGGAUUUGUCGCAAAAUUCCUUGCACGCCCAUUGCCUUUACAUGCCGAGCUCCGCUGGCUUUGUCGGUUGCAUGAAGUUCGUUGAGGUUAGUUGAAAUCCUAAUGUGUCUGUGGUGAAUUUCUUUUUGUACCACGUGAUGUUGUCAUAAAGCGUUUUGAUGAUCUUUUAAGCGGCUUGCGGUAAUUGUUCGAAUCUUUUGUUCAGCGAUAUAGUAAGCUAUUAUCAGAGAGAGAAAUGAUCAAACUUGUACUGGAAACGUAAAUGGAACGCUUAAGUCCAGUAGGAAAUUGCUUUUGAUUGAAAAAUGUCCUUAUCUUAUUGUCUUUUUUAAAAGGUUUUGCUUUGCUUUUCAAAAAACAAAACUCAUACUUCGCAUUAAAAUCACGUCUACUGUAUUGCAACCACCAUGUCCGAUAUGACCAAUAAAAAUAACUUGAAAAGAACCCUUUCUUUAAACUUCUUUGAAUCUUCCACCAGCUACACGUGUAGCGUGGAACGACGUGCAGUGUGAUGGAAUAGAACGAAUCAUUGAUUUUGACAUCACACAAAAUGAAACUAAAUCUAAAUCUAAAUCUAAAUGCUAAAUCGUUCCUUUAGAUUAGGUUUGCGUUCUCUUUCGUCGAACGCAUCAAUACAUGUGAAUUUUGUCCAGUUUGCCAUUUCGCAUUAGAAAUGUUACGUAGCGGUGAAGAACUUGUAACAAGUAUGGACUUGUUUUGCAGUGAUGAUGGAAACGCUCUGGAGGAAGCUAUUAAAAGACGCGGACUUCAGCGGUCAGUCAUGCAGUACUCUACAUUUGAUUGGUCGUCAAUACCUCUGUCCCAGGAAAGAAGACUUGCACCAGACAGUAUUCCAGAUCAACCGCGAAUACUUACAGUUCGCUUUAGGUAG